UCUUUCUUUCCAUUCUAGGCAAUGUCCGCAAUCGUAGCAUUAGGGAUUACUAGUCUAGCAUUCAGGGGUCAGAACUGGUGCUUGUGGACUUUCACUGCAGUUGUAAAGAAAAGCACGAGAGUCGCAUGAUACCACGAAUUGACAUAAGCGAGUUAUGCCACUACGACGACUUUUAUAUAUAUACAUAACCUUCCAAGGCCUUUCUGCUGCCUCAACUUGCCCGUUCAGCAUUCUCGAAAACCCUUUCAAGAUAGACUCGAGUUCCAUUCCCCCACAGGCUCGACAGAGCCUCCUGCCUAAAGAGCAUCGAGAGGUAAGCAGGCCCCCACCCGCCACGCGCCCGAUGCAUCCCCCUAGCAGGGGUUUGUACUGUGGUAGGAUCGGCAAUCACUAGCCUGCCGUCUUGGCCUGGGGUGUUUAAUAUAACACAAACCACGUCCGCGUAAGCCGCACUAUACGGGCCACAACGAAGUGGCUAUCAAAGAUGCCCCAGUAGGUCAGUGGGAGCAGAGAGGGAAGAAAAAUAAAAAUAAAAACCAAGGAAAAAAUACAGGGAACAAAGAAAAACAAAAUCGACAAGCCUAAAGCCCUGUAAGCGCGAACGGAAGCUGCAGCUUUUAAAGUUGUUUGUAUUGGAU